AUGGAGCAGGCUACAGGAAUGGAGAGGAAAACCAUGAAAGCUUUAGAGAAGGGGCUGGAUCCUUACAACAUGCUACCACCCAAACAAUAUGCUGGAACAAAGGAAGACCCCAACAUAGUCCCUUCAAUUACAGACAAGAGGCUUGUGGGCUGCAUCUGUGAAGAGGACAACAGCACUGUGAUCUGGUUCUGGCUGCACAAGGGAAAUCCCCAGCGCUGCCCCUCCUGUGGAGCCCAUUACAAGUUGGUUGGCUACCAAUUGCCCUGAUUUGGCUUCAAAGCUUUGCUGAGCUCUCCAUUUAUGAUUUCUGGAUACAGGGCUGAGCUACGUAGAUGUUUAUGUCACGAUGUAUCACAUUCCUUGAAACCUAAUAAAGUCUUUGACUCAU